CAAAGAUGGCGACCUUGUUAAAAUGCAUUCUCGGUCCAAAUUUAUACAGAGUUUACCAAACUGCCGGUUCAAAUUGAAACCCUGUGACCAAACUUAAGGGAGUGUACCUGUAUAUUGUUUCCAAACUUUUAGAGGGCAUGGUUUACACGCCAAAUGGCUUGGAGAGUACAUGUAACACUGUCAUAAAAUGGAUGAAGUUUGCUUGGUCACUAUCGUAUUGGACAUCUCCAGUCUUACUGCCAAUCAUGUAUCGACGUGGAUUCUUCACAAGAGAGGGUGCCAUCUAUCUAAUCGAGUAUGCAUCAAUUGCGGGACUUGUUCUUUGUUUUUCGUACUGGCUUAGAGGUCUUGGGAGGUACAACAAUCCAGAUUAUGUUGCCUUUGUAGCAAUCCUUCACAAUGCACAAGAGAACUUCACUUUGCAGAAUAAAGCCUUGUUGAGUCGAUAUGACUUUGAUUUCUUCGCUUGGCCAGUAGAAUACAGCUGGGCUGAGGGGCAGAGAGGAGAUGGGAGCAAACCCAAGAUCCAAGUGCCUAAAAGGACACGGUCUUUCGCAGAUAGUUUCACAAGAAUUCCAUGUGACGUAAUCAGUUAUAUAGGUGCCCAUACAUUUGGUAGAAGAAUGGUGUAUCCUGGUGCUACGGGUCUUAUGAAUGCAUUAGUCAGUCCCAUGUUGAUGGAAGGACGCAAGAAACUGGUAGAAGAGAGGCAGGGGAUCAGGACUAAACUCUUGUCAGAAGACCUAAAUGAAAUUGAUACAAUGUUUGUAGACAGGAGACAUACCUCAUCAAUCAAUGGACAGACACUGGUAGUUACAAGUGAAGGCAAUGCAGGGUUCUAUGAGAUAGGGUGUGCAUGUACUCCCCUAGAAGCAGGUUAUAGUGUGCUAGGGUGGAACCACCCUGGCUUCGCAGGGAGCACCGGUGUUCCCCUCCCAGACUCAGAGCAGAAUGCAGUAGAUGUAGUGAUGCAGUUUGCCAUUAAUAAGUUAGGCUUCCAACCAGACCAAAUAGUGCUGUUUGCCUGGAGUAUAGGGGGCUACACAGCAACCUGGGCAGCUAUGAAUUACCCAGAUGUAAAGGCAGUCGUCUUGGAUGCAACAUUUGAUGACUUAACACCACUUGCUGUAGCAAAGAUGCCUGAAAGCUGGCAGGGACUUAUACGUAACACAGUACGGCAGUACAUGCAUCUAAAUAUAGCAGAGCAGUUGUGUCAGUACCCUGGACCGAUACUAAUCAUACGUAGAAGUAAAGAUGAAAUCAUAACCACAAAAGAACCUGGGCAUAUAGGCUCUAAUAGAGGAAAUGAUCUCUUAGUAAAACUUUUACAACAUAGAUACCCUAAAGUAGUAGAUGAAAGCACACUUAGUACAUUCAGAUUGUGGUUAGAGCUAGCCAGAGAAGAUCAAAUCCAACUUAUGAGCCAGUAUGAUAUAGAUGAUGACUAUUGUACGUCACUAUUUCGCUCUCAUAUCGCUGAGCAUUCCGAAUCGUAUCCAAUGCAGAUAGGGGAUGGCAUGAAUGUGGAACUUAAAAUACAACUCACCUUAUUUUUAGCAUCUAAAUAUAUGGAUGACUUUGAUGCAACACAUUGUACACCUCUGCCUGCCCUGUAUUUCCGAAUGCCUUGGAAAAUCACAUUUUGAAAUAUUGAAUCAUGGAAUCAGAAAUUCAUUUUAAAUCAUCAGCAGUAAUUAUGUGACACACUGUUGUGUGAAUGCUAUGCCACUGUUACAUCAUGCACUGUGGCAGUUCUUGGACAUAAAAUCAGAAAUGAACUUCUUUGUGAAGAUAUUUCUCCGAUAUUGUGUUAGGGAUGAUGUCGGAAUGUCGACUUUUGUGGAAUAACAAAGUGGAUUUUAUCAUGGUUGAAUUCACUUCCCUAUAUGAACAACUUGUUGAAAAUUCAUUUAAAGAUCAACAUUUUUACACCAUCAGGAUCUUCAUUUACCAACUCCUUUUACAAAACUAUCGUCAUUCUUCCACAAAUGCUGACAAUUGGACACCAUUCUAUGCUAGGACAUUUUUUCAUUUUGACAUUUUGGCAGUUAAUUCUUUUGUGUGACAUUUGUGUGAAAUUUGUGUUACAAUAUGGCACCAUGAUGAUAUUUAUCAGAUUUACUGUGCAAAUGGCCUCAAAUUCAAUGUAUACAUGAUGCAGUAGAUCCACCGUAAAUUUGUCAUAUCAGAGUUCAGAUAUAGCCAUGUAGCUCCGGAUGUACCUCUAUGUAAAAUACUUUUAAGAUGUCAGUCUGUGAUGUCAACAUGUGAUGUCAGCUUGUUUAGUUUUUAUGUAUAGCCAGUGUGUGAAUUUCAUUUUUAUGUCAGUGUGUGAAUAAAAUCAAUAAAUCCCUAGCAUAAAAACUGAUGUCAUUUUCAUUUGUGUGAUGUCAUAUUCACAAGAAGUUCAAGAUAUGUCUUCCAACAAUGUCAAAUUACAAUAAAUAUAUAAACUCUACUGCUAAUCACUAUGGAUUUGAGACCAGGCAGCUGAUCAAAUAGACCAUGUUAUUUUAUACUCCACAAAAUGCUAGUUUCAUUAUUUACCAUAAUUUUAUUAAUAAA